UUCCUCAUCAUCAUCAUCUCCUUCUUCCUCAAUCUUAGGUUUCUGAUUUUUUCAAAUCUCUGGAUUUGAUUUGAAUCGGAGGUUAAGGUUUUGCGAUUCGAUGAGUUAGGGGUAAAGUAAUUGCUUGAAGUUGAAUCCGAUGUUUGUCUUCUCUACGAUCUUCUUACUCAUCACCGGGUGAGAAAGGCGCGUGUAUUUAGAAAAGCUCUAGAGCUUAUUUAUCUAAGGGCGGUGCAUGGUGGAGAGCUCUUUGAAAUACAAGCUCAAGGGAGUGCAUGGUGUAGAGCUUUUUGAAUUUACAGGUCAAAGGUCUCCAAGAAGCAACAAAAGCUCAAAGGCUCUUACUUUCAUUUCACUAUUUGGUCAGAGAAUCUUAACACGUUAAACUGGAAAAUAUGCUGGAAGGAGCAAAGUUCAACGUGUUAGCUGUUGGGAACCACAACAACGACUAUGCUUUCACGCAAGAGUUUUACCAAAAGCUUAACGAAGGUUCCAACAUGUCCAUGGAGAGUAUGCAGACGAGUAACGCUGGAGGCUCUGUGUCUAUGUCUGUUGACAACAGUAGCGUUGGUUCAAGCGACGCUCUCAUUGGCCACCCGGGGUUGAAGCCACUGCGCAACAACGUCUACUCACUCUCCGUUGGGCAAAGCGUGUUUCGCCCCGGGAAAGUUACACACGCCAUGAACGAUGAUGCCUUAGCUCAAGCGCUGAUGGAUGGAAGGUACCCAACACAAGGGCUGGCCAACUAUGAAGAGUGGACGAUUGAUCUGAGGAAACUCCACAUGGGUCCUCCUUUUGCUCAAGGGGCUUUUGGUAAAUUAUACAAAGGGACUUACAAUGGGGAGGAUGUAGCCAUCAAGAUACUUGAGCGGCCAGAGAACAGUCCUGAAAAGGCACAGUUCAUGGAACAGCAGUUUCAGCAAGAGGUGUCCAUGCUUGCGAAUUUGAAGCAUCAGAACAUCGUGAGGUUCAUCGGUGCGUGUCGCAAGCCCAUGGUGUGGUGUAUAGUGACUGAGUACGCUAAAGGAGGUUCCGUGAGGCAGUUCUUGACGAAGAGACAGAACCGGGCAGUGCCUUUGAAGUUAGCUGUUAAACAAGCGUUGGAUGUUGCUAGAGGUAUGGCUUAUGUCCAUGGACGCAACUUCAUUCACAGAGAUCUCAAGUCAGAUAACCUUCUCAUCUCUGCUGAUAAGUCAAUCAAGAUUGCGGAUUUUGGUGUUGCAAGAAUCGAAGUUCAAACCGAAGGAAUGACACCAGAAACUGGAACUUACAGAUGGAUGGCUCCUGAGAUGAUACAGCAUAGAGCCUACAAUCAAAAAGUGGAUGUGUAUAGUUUUGGGAUCGUGCUUUGGGAGUUAAUCACAGGACUGUUACCGUUCCAGAACAUGACAGCUGUACAGGCUGCGUUUGCUGUGGUUAACCGAGGGGUCAGACCAACGGUCCCAAACGAUUGUCUCCCGGUGCUGAAUGAGAUCAUGACUCGGUGUUGGGAUGCUAACCCGGAAGUGCGACCAUGUUUUCUUGAGGUUGUGAGUCUGCUUGAAGCUGCGGAAACAGAGAUAAUGACGACAGCCAGAAAAGCCCGUUUCAGAUGUUGCAUGAGUCAGCCAAUGACGAUUGAUUGACUGAAAUAAAAUCUCAAGAAAACAAUAAGAGAGUGAGAGAGAAAGAAAGAAAGAAGAACAUAUUUAAGAUAAAGGGCUUUUAGAUAUAUUAAGUAAUGUUUGUCUGUCUGUGUGUGUUUGUGUAUUUAUAAAAAUCUGAAUGUAAUUUGUUUUCUCAAGAUAGGAGAAGUAACCAUAAUGUUUUUCUGCUCCCUUUUGUGUAUUAUCCAUAAAGUUAUUGUUGGUUUUAGUUCCAGUGACUGCACCUCUACUCGUGGUGGUGGUGUCUGCCACAUCGCUUUAGAAGUUAUCAUAUAAACAGAGAAAUUUGAAGUUUUGGUUGUCUAAAGUGAGCAUUACUAGGGGUGGGCACAAUUACUUGUUACUCGGCUUGUACUCGCUACUUGAUUCGUACUUGGUUCUUAAAAUCGCUACUUGA